AUGCAUCUUCAUUAUUUGAUUGUAACUAUUUAUUGUUGGUGUUGGCUUGGACUGACUUCAUCAGUAUUGGCUGCAAAUUUCUUUUGUUCCACUUUGGGUGUGCCCCAAGUUCUCCUAUCGAAUGGUCCUCUUAUUUCAUCAAAUUUCUCCUACGCACAGACCCUUGCCACCGAUCUCUUUUUCCAGACACCAUUUCAACUUGCUUAUGCUGUUCAAGUGACAGCUAUUGUCAUGUUUCCUCGACAGAAUAAUGUCUCUCUUACUGUCAGAGCCGCUCUUUAUGAUGCUGCAUCCAUGCUCAUCGAACAAACGGCAACAAUGACUGCGUUUGCAUUCCAAUUCUCGAAUGAGCAACCUAAACCAUGGUCUUUACCUUUCGAUCGACCAGUUAAUCUUACAGCCGGUAUUAGCUAUCAUGUCGCCUAUUGGUAUGCUGUCUCUAAUAAUGGAGACGUGAACAAUGUUGCGCUAUUUGCUACAAAUUCCACUAACAUUACAUGGAUUGCUCCAGGUGCUAAGUUUGCCACAGUGAAUGGAUCAUUUCCUAUUCUUUUAGCUGCACCUAAUAUUUUCAGUAGUACUGUUGCUCCAUUCAUUCAACUGAUGGGAUCACCAUGUACUAAUACAGUUCCUAUCACUACUAUUCAUCUGAAUGAGACGAUACUCUCCAUAUUACAAGCUAUUCAAAGUAAAUAUAAGGACGUACCAGCUAUAGGUGCUUCGAUUAUUCAAACACCUUCAAUGCAAUCUUACAAAGGCGCUCAAUCACCAGCACAUGUAAUCUGCCCAUUUAUUCCUGUAUCAACGAUAGUAUCUGGUAUUCGUCGCUUUGAUGCAGUAACUCCAGAAGCAGUAACUAUCAAUGAUAAAUGGCAUCUUGGAUCGAACACUAAAUCUAUGACAGCCAUUCUCAUUCAAAUGUUGAUUCAAGCAGGAAAGUUAAGCCUUGCUACUACUAUUGGUGAUAUCUUUCCAUAUUUACCAUUUUCUUCAACUCCAACACCACCAUUAACUACAUGUAAUUGCAGUGAUUUUUCUAAUGUCGAUGGUUAUUUCGCUAAGUCUCCUUAUUCUUGUGGUUUAGCCAUUCACACCUCAUGGAAAUAUAUUACUAUUGCUCAUUUACUGACUCAUACUUCAGGCCUUGAUGAGUUAGAUGUGGCAUACUCUAUUGAACACCAUAUUCACGAAUCAACAUUAGAAAAUAAUGGUACCAAGGAGUCCUGUAGCAAUUAUUCUUUACCUUCACGUCGCUAUCAUUUAAGUAUCCUACUAUCGAUGAUUAUUUCUAACCCACCAUCAUCAACUAAUGUUCCUGCCAACUAUUCUUAUUCGAAUAAUAAUUACAUUGUACUAGGAUUAAUUCUAGAAGAAAUAUGGUAUUUACCAUGGGAAUCAAUUAUUCAAAAUGAACUAUUUAAUCGUUUAGGAAUGAUCACAGCAGGAUUUGGCUCACCAAUUGAACAAAUACCACUGAAUUCUUUCGCUACUCAAUCAUUUGGUCAUUAUAUGGAUGAAGCUGGUAUAUUACAUAGUAGUGAUAUUGAUAUCCCGAAAUCUUGGGGACCUGCAGGUACGGUUCACGCAAGCCUUAAUGAUUGGGCUAAAUUUAUUGCCUGUCAUUUACAAGAAGGACGUGAUCUAAUAUCAUUUGGUUCUACUCCUAUGAACAGUAGCUUUUUGAAUGGAACGAUCUCGUCUUAUUUACUCUCACCAUCUGUAUGGCAAAACAUUCAUACACACUAUGUUUUUCCUUCAUCUUCCGUUUCCAAUUCUGAGCAUUCACUCUGUGGUAUGAUUAAUAAUAGAGACAAUCUCGGUUUAUCGCUAUGGCACACUGGCACCAAUACACUUUGGUACUCAUAUGUUGUAGUUUACCCUCAAUUAAUUCAGCCAAUGGCACUUUUAAUUACAGCGAAUUCUGCCAAUGGAUAUGCGGUUAUGGAAGCUAAGACAGCUGUUCUCAACGCUUAUCUCGAGUGGCAACAGCAAGGGCAGCCAUAUCCAAUCAUCGCGUCAGCAGCUGUGUCAUACAAAACAUUUAUUUUCAACUUUGCUUUCGUUUCAGCUUGCAUUCAUUUCAUCUACUAG